GCUUCAGGGACGGGCCGCGUUCCCACCAAGCCCGACUCCGGCGGGGACGGCGCGCCCCACGUGGCGCGCGCGACCCCUUUGUCCCGCCCCACCUCCUCGGGUCCCGUCGGCCUGAGCGCGCCCGGGAGUUUGAAUUUCUUCGGAUUUGGAACAAUAUCGCAGUGGAAGGCGCUGUGGCGUGAGGUUGCCGCCGACCUCUCCUAGGGGAACUAUGGAGCUGGUAGCUGAAAGACUCAGUGAAGCAACGAGGAUGGCGGGGAGAGGGAAGGGGCUGGGCUCUGGGCGGUGCCAAGUCUGUGAAGGGGCGCGGUCACCGCCCAGGGUUCCCGCGAACGCCAAGGCGGCCACGUCUUGCUCCCCCUGGUGAAGAAGCUGCCCGGGGCUUGUCUUCCUAGGGCCUCCAGACAUGUCUGAGGUGAAGAGCCGGAAGAAGUCGGGGCCCAAGGGAGCCCCCGCUGCGGAGCCCUGGAAGGGGAGCGAGGGCGGGAAGACACCGGAGGACCGGGGCGGCGGAGGCGGGGGCUGGGCAGACCCCCGAACGGGCCUGAGCCUGCUGUCGCUGGGGACGUGCCUGGGCCUGGCCUGGUUUGUAUUUCAGCAGUCGGAAAAAUUUGCAAAGAUGGAAAACCAAUACCAGUUACUGAAACUAGAAACCAAUGAAUUUCAACAACUUCAAAGUAAAAUCAGUUUAAUUUCAGAAAAGCUUGAGUCUACUGAAAGCACCCUGCAGGAAGUUACAUCAUCCAUGUCUUUGAUGACCCAGUUUGAGCAGGAAGUAUCCAGCCUCCAAGAUAUCAUGCAUGGCAUUCAAAGUAAUGAAGAGGUGCUCACUCAAAGGAUGCAAAGCCUUAAUGAGAAAUUUCAGAAUAUUACGGAUUUUUGGAAGAGAAGCCUAGAAGAAAUAAACAUUAAUACAGACAUUUUCAAAUCAGAAGCAAAACAUGCACAUUCUCGAGUAACUGUCCAAAUUAACUCGGCUGAGCAGGAAAUAAAAUUGCUCACUGAACGGCUAAAAGAUUUGGAAGAUAGCACACUAAGAAAUAUUAGAACAGUAAAAAGACAAGAAGAAGAAGAUCUCCUGCGAGUAGAGGAACAGCUAGGUUCUGAUACAAAGGCAGUUGAAAAGUUAGAAGAGGAACAGCAUGCCCUCUUUGCCAGAGAUGAAGAUCUAACUAAUAAACUUUCCGACUAUGAACCCAAAGUUGAAGAAUGCAAGACACAUUUGCCAACAAUUGAAAGUGCUGUUCACUCUGUUCUCAGAGUCUCUCAGGAUCUGAUAGGAACAGAAAAGAAAAUGGAAGACUUGACUAUGCAGAUGUUUAAUAUGGAAGAUGAUAUGCUGAAAGCAGUGUCUGAAAUAAUGGAGAUGCAGAAAACCCUUGAAGGAAUUCAGUAUGAUAAUCGCAUAUUAAAGAUGCAAAAUGAACUGGAUGUUCUAAAAGAAAAAGUUCAUGAUUUUAUAGCAUACUCAAUGCAUACUACAGGAGAAAAGGAAACUGUAAAAGAAUAUAAUAUAGAAAAUAAAGGAAUUGGUGGUGAUUUUUAAAUUAGUGACAUUUAUUCUGAUGAACCAUAUCAUUAUACAUAAAUUGAUUAGUCCAUUGAUUUUGAGUUACUUUGAUAUGCCUCAUCUUAUCCUACAUUAUUGGAAAAUAAAUGAGAUGUCCACACAAAUGGAUUAUCCACAUAAUCAAAGCUUUUUAAGCUCUGAAACUUAUUUCAUUUUAACCAUUUUAAAUAGAAAUAGUUCUUUAAAAAUGUUUCUCUACUUUUAAAACAAGAUACUUCAUACUUUUAAUGUUUUUAAAGCAUUAGUGGACAUCAUUAUUAAUUUCACCUAUUAUUUUGGACCCACAUAUAUUGAUGUCUCCAGGGGCUAGUGAAGAGUAUUUACUGCUUCACUAAAUGACCCCAAUUUGCCAUUUUUCAAACCUAUGUCUCAUACCUUUUCUGUCACCUAAUCUUGAUGUCAGGUUGGUUGGUAAUGUGCCUGCCUCAGCCAGUUCUUCACUUUCUUAUAUAAUUCACUGCAGGUUAAGAAUCCAUACAACCAACCUCAUGGGAAUUUUGUGUAAAAUAAAAAUAACAUGCGUGAGGGAGAGUCUGGUGCCUUUGCUAUGAAUUAAUAUGCACUUUCUGAAAAAACUAUGAAGCCUAGGAAACAUUUUAGUUUUUGUUAAGGUUCUAAACUGUGUUAUGGAUACUUGUAAGACUUUUAAAAUCAGAGUAAGUUCUUACAUAAGGCCUUUCUUAGGAAUUAUGUGUAUAUACAUCUUUGAAAUAUCUUUAUAUACCUGGGUUUUAAGUUCCAACUGUGUUACACAUGAGUUUGCUAGAUCCAUGAUCUCUAGAUGGUUUACUUAAAAAUAAAUAGUCCUGGCCGGGCGCGGUGGCUCACGCCUGUAAUCCCAGCACUUUGGGAGGCCGAGACGGGCGGAUCACAAGGUCAGGAGAUCGAGACCAUGGUGAAACCCCGUCUCUACUAAAAA